AACACACACACACACACACACUGGUCAUCUGCUCAUUAAUAACCUGAUUAUUCAAAUCAUAAUUGUAAUCAUAAUGAAAUAUUAAAAUAAAAGUAUGCAGUUUGUUUUAAUACACAGAUUUUUACAGUCACAUUCCUCAUAGAUCUAUGCGCUUAGAUCUGUCUGACUGAACCCAACCAGAGGAACAGGACAGGGGGGCAUUAUUUUACUGUAUCUGUUAGCACAGCGGUUAGCACAACGGUUAGCAUAUCGGUUAGCACAGCAGUUAGCAUAUCGUUUAGCAUAUCUGUUAGCAUGGCUCCAGGUCCAGUUGGUAGGUAAAUGAGCCUCUGAAGGUUCACUGCUGUUGGUUUCGGCCAUUUUGAGUGAAGUCAAAGUAAGAAGUGAUGGAUGAUGAGUGAAAAUGUUCAAACUGGGAAACAUUGACUGGAAAAUGAGACAGAAAUCCAACCAGUUCAACGUUUCUGUCUGUAAUGAUUCAGUGAAACCAGGGAAUAAAAAUCAGCAGAUGCUUUAUGAUAUGAUUUACAGGCUGUUAGCAUCGCAUUUUAACUUGAUCCUCCUGAAUGUUCCUGAGGAGAACCGAACCGACCCGAUUCUGUGGUUCUGGUUCCGCUGAUCAAACUCACCAGCAAGAGAAAACAGAUUUACUGCGACAGCAGAGAGGAACACUCAGCCUGGGGCCCCUGGACCCCCGGUCUCCUGAACCCCUCGGGCCCCGGUGUGCGUCAUGACGUCACAGCCCGUCGUAGUAGGUGAUGACGUAGAGAGCAGAGCGGCGUCGCUGACCGGCGGAAAGAGGGCGAGCGUCCUGCACGAGGACAGGUGAAUCACCAUGACAACAGAGCCCAGUGAAGCCCAGCCCCCAGAGGCGGAGCCUUUCCCUGAAGUCGCCGCCCACUCCACACCUAAACAGGGAGCAGAGGGCCCAGCUCAGAGCUCAUUGGCCGAGGACUCCAGCAGUCUGCUGUCGUCGGGCGGACGCGUCGCUCGCUCUCCGGCCAGAACCGCGCUGGGCUUCAGAACCAUGCAGACCCGGGUGGCGCUACUGGACGGGUCGCAGUUCACCUGCAUCGUGGAGAAACGAUCUCGAGGUUUGCAGCUGUUUGAGAAAGUUUGUGAUCACCUCAACCUGCUGGAGAGAGAUUACUUCAGCCUGUCCUUCAGAGACGCAGACAGCAACAAGAACUGGUUGGAUCCUGCAAAGGAGAUCAAGAAGCAGGUCAGAGGCGUUCCCUGGAACUUCUCCUUUAACGUAAAGUUUUACCCUCCGAACCCGGCCCAGCUGUCUGAGGACAUCACCAGGUACUUCCUGUGUCUGCAGCUCAGACAGGAUGUCGUUUCCGGACGUCUUCCAUGUUCCUUUGCAACUCACGCCGUUCUUGGUUCCUACACGGUUCAGUCGGAGCUCGGAGACUACGACUCUGAUGAAUGUGCUCCAGACUACGUCAGUGAGUUGUGUUUCGCUCCAAACCAAACCAAAGAGAUGGAGGCCAAGAUCAUGGAUCUGCACCGGACCCUCAGAGGAAUGAGUCCAGCAGAAGCCGAGAUGCAUUUCCUGGAGAAUGUGAAGAAACUCUCCAUGUACGGAGUGGACCUGCAUCACGCCAAGAUGGCAGGAAGCCGUUUUGACUGCCUGUCUGCUCAAUCAGAGGACUCGGAGGGCGUGGCCAUCAUGCUGGGCGUGUGUAACAGCGGGCUGCUGGUGUACAGAGACCGGCUGAGAAUCAACCGAUUCUCCUGGCCGAAGAUCCUGAAGAUUUCCUACAAACGGAACAACUUUUACAUCAAGAUCCGACCUGGAGAGUUUGACCAGUUUGAGUCCAUCAUUGGCUUCAAGCUGCUGAACCACAGAGCAGCCAAGCGGCUGUGGAAGGUGUGUGUGGAGCAUCACUCCUUCUUCAGGCUGCUGUCUCCUGAGGAACCGCCAAAGAAGUUUCUCUCUCUGGGGUCAAAGUUUCGCUACAGCGGUCGGACCCAGAUUCAGAGCCGCAGAGCCAGCGCUCAGAUAUCCAGACCCGCUCCCAACUUCCCACGAUGCAUCAGCAAGAGGAACAUGCUGAGCCGGAGCCUGGACGGAGCUUCCAGGACCACAGCAACGUCUUCUCUGAUUGGCUCUCCUGCCAUCACUGUGUCGCUCAAAGCCAACGGUCGAGCUUACUCAGACAUGGGCUCAGGACUGUAUGCAGCAUCAAAAGCCAUCGCUGUCAGCGACCACAUCGCCACGGUAACCAGGACGCUGGACGACAGGAGGGAGGAGCCAGUUGAGGAGGUUCUGCUGCUGCUGGUGCAGGAGGAGCAGAAAGAGGAGCAGAAAGAGGAGAGGAAGACCAUAGAGGUUUCUCCAGAAAGUCCUCCGUCUCCACAGAAACACGACACCAAGACGGAGCUGACGGACACCGUCGUCGAUGGCGACCUGACCGUGACCGAGUCUGAUCAGGACGAAGACUUGAAGACUCAGGAGACGCUGGGCAGCCCAGAGGACAUCGUCCAGACGUCCAUCAGCGCGCUGCGGCGCUCCUUCCUGGAGGGAGAGCAGGGGGGCGGCGGCAUGACGGAGUGGGACAAACGCCUGGCCGCGUCUCCGCUGCGCCGCGCCGACGACGCGCCCAUGAUCGAACCGCUGGAGCCGGAGGAGCCCAAACCGUCCUUCGAUGAAAUAUCUCCAGAACUGACGGCUCUGCUAAAGUCCACCAGAGAGCAAGAGACCUUCAGGGAACACAACCUGCUGAAGACGUCGGAGAAGGUGGAGACGGUCUUUGUCCUCCCAGAGUCCAGGGACCAGGAUCAGGACCAGGACCGGGACGUCGCAGAUCGCUUUAAGGUAGCCCCGCCCCCCGCUCAUCCCCUGUCCCCCCCUGACGACGAUGUCACAGCCCAGCGGCCCAGCCGUGGUGACGGGGGCGGAGCUAGCGAAGGCAGCGGUAAACGUGAGGCUAGUGAUGAAGAUGAGGAUCAGGAUGGCAGUGAUGAGGGUAGCAGUGAUGAUGAUGUCAUCAGCGUGCUCGCUCAGGCAGCCGUCGACGAAUCGACGGAGGCUGCGGUCAGACAAGCCGGCGAGCGGGACGCCUGUGGUUACCAUGACAACGGAGAGUCAGACGACUCCCAGGAGGAAGGAGAUCGGACCCCGCCUUCACCCCGCCCCGAGUCCCGGGGCUCCACCAGCCCCACCCAACAGUCCCCACAUGAGGACGAGGAGGUAACCAUGGAGACGCAGAGACCCGUCCCACUGAGACAUGUCCCAGUCGGUCCUGUCCCACCAAGUCCCCUAGAGUCCCUCUGUCCCCAGCGGACCCCGUUACCCCGCGUGACCUGUUGGACCUGUCCUCCUGAAAGUCUCUGUCCCAGUGUUACCUGCCUGGUUCUGGUACCGGUAAAACAUUUCCCGAUGAAUGUGGAGGACCGGUUGUCUCCGGUUGUCAACAGUCGGUGUGUUUCCUGUGUGUUUCAGGAAGUCCCGGUGAUGAGGAAGACUCUGACCUACGAAGCUCCCGGGAGCCACGGCGGCGCUGAUCCCCCCGCCGGCCUCCUGCUGAGCUCCCAGACCUUCACCGCAGAGACGUCCAACACCACCACCACCACCCACAUCACCAAGAUGGUGAAAGGAGGAGUUUCAGAAACCAGAGUGGAGAAAAGAAUCGUCAUAUCUGGAGACACCGAGGAAGACCAUGAGCAGGCCCUGGCGGCGGCGCUGUGCGAGGCGCGGCGGCAGCAUCCUGAACUGUCCGUCACCAGAGUCGUCGUCCACAAAGAAACGGAGGUUCCUCCUGAUCACAUGAUCAAUUAGUGAUGUCACAGGCAGGUGGGACUCCAGCUGAAUGCUCAUUGGUCGGUUGCAUGGCCUCCGCCUGGCUGGCUCUGAUUGGUUUAAACCGGAACAGGUUUAACCAAUCAGGUAGCCUGUUAAAUUCUGUGGCUCCUGAACUCGUUUAGUUUCUGAGUAGAAACUGAACUCAGAUUCUACUGGUUCAGCUUCAGUAUGGAGCGCUCUGAUUGGCUCAGCCAGCUGAAAAGCCUGCAGGAGGCGCUGUACCUGCUGCUGUACCUGCUGCAUGUCUGCAUGAUGGUCAGUGGUUCAGUCACCCCCCACUUCCUGCUGCAGUUCCCUUGAUUAACACUAGAUGUCCCUGCUGAGAAAGAGAAAGAGAGACUGAGGAACUAAACAGCAGAAGAAGAGAAACUAGGAUGAUUUAAGAAAACAAUCUGUUGAUCUGCUUGGUCUCUCUUUUCUCCUGUCUGUCUCUCUGUCCUCCUGUCUGUCUCUCUUUUCUCCCGUCUGUCUCUUUCAGGACUGAAUGUUGAUCCUCUGUUGCAUUAUGGGAUUUGUAGUCCCUAGCCAAUCGCACCAAGCGGAUUCUGACCCCGACUGGAGCGAAGAACUCACCACAUGAAUGCAUGCACAAACACACACACACAAACACACACACACCCUGGCGCUGUAUGCUGCAGGUGGACGUUGGUCUCCAGGUGAAGCUGUCAUGUAUUUAAGAAGCCCCGACCCCUCACACACCUCAAGCCACGCCCCCUGACUGCUUCAGGAAGCCUUCUGAUUGGCCGACUGACUCAGGUGUGCUCCUGACUGACAGUUCGAGAACCUACCGAGAAGCUUUUAUUAUGAAAAUCUGCUUCCUGCCUCCAUCGCUUGCGCAGCCAAAGCUCAGCCAGUAUUUACCCAUGAUGCAACAGGAAGUGCCAUAGAGCUCGGAGGAAGCAGGUCUGAUCCUGAUGGUCAGCUCUGUUGGAGUGAACUUUGACCUCAGUCUGCUGUGGUAGACGCUCUACAGGAGAGCCCUUCAAAAUAAAAGCCCUGGUCGGAGUAGGAAGCUGUUGGGAUGGACUCUUAUUUUGAAAGGAAGUCUUCAGUGGUAGACGCUAGUUUCACCUGUUUGUUAUAUUUUCUUCCACUUCCUGUCACAUUUUUGGACUGGGUCGGUUCUGCUUGGCAGGUUCAGAAUCUCGGCGAUCCGUUUCGACCAUCAGAACAUCAGCCUGUCUCACCUGGGCCCGUCACCAUGGCAACUGAUCCUGAUGCAUGUUAUCUGGAUCUGCGGUAAGAGAGCCAGAUUCUCACCUGGAUCUGUUGCCAUGGUAACUGGCAGUAACUGAUGGUACCGGGUCAACUGAACAGGAAGUGGUUCCUGUUGGGUCAGUUGAUUCAGGUGAACCCGCCUGCUGGAACCGAUCCUUCCUGUUCUUUAUUCUGGAAAAACUGUUUUUAUUUAAGGAACUUUGUUGACCUUUGACCUCUGACCUCAUUUCUGUAUUUAUGGCCUCAGACUGAACCAGAACGCCCCCUGGUGUACGGUUUUAUUGUCUCACCUUCAUCACUGAACUUUAUUAAAAUGAAGAAACAAACAA